UUUGAUUUUUCCUUAGAGCCUGAUGACUAGAACAACAGCUUGCUAUUUCGGAUGGAAAGUAAGAACCUCUUCCUGAGCUUAUUACUCUGCUACAGUUUGCUCAGAGCUGCCCAUUCCCACCUGGUCAUUGAAGAGAAGGCAGAAUGCAACCUGUCAAAGAACAACAAAAUGAAUCUCCCAGAUCUCUCGUCCAUCUCCAUAGUAGAUCUAACUAAAAGAUCUCAGAAAGUCAGCAGAAAAGAGGCAGAAAACAAGAAAUCAUCCAAGAAAAAUGCUGAACCGAAGACAUCUCCAAAACCAAGGCCCACACCUGCAGCUGACUGCGUGCCAAAUUUCAAAACCUGCAAGCCACACUUGAAUUCAUGUUGUAACUACUGUGCUCUGUGCAAAUGCCGAAUUUUUCAGACCAUCUGCCAGUGUCUGCUGUUAAACCCCAAGUGCUAAGGCAAACCAGGAACACAUUCAGGCUCUGUCUUUCAUUAGCUUCUCAAGUGUAUAUUUCAAACUGUCUCAUGUGUUGCAAUCAAUUAGAGCUUUGAAGCUGGUAGAUUGGAUUUACCUCUCCUAAAACUAAAUGGAUAAUAGUUUGGUUCUUUCUUUUCACGGGGUGACGUUAUCAUAAACAGGAUAUUUUUUUAAGGGAGUGCUCAGCCAGAGAGAUGGACACUGAACAAGUAUUUUCAGCAGAGCUGACCCGCAUUUAAAGAAGAAAGUCUUUUUUUUUUGUUUCUUUUCCUGAAGGGUAACACCAUCAGACUGUAAUAUCGUCCAAUCAGAACUUGCAAGACCUACACUAAUAACAGACAAAUGACCACAAUCAAAUGGUCUUGGUUAAUCCAGUGAUGAACCAAGGCUUAGAGUUGCCCACAGGACGUCACUGCUCAAGCUCC